CCUGAGUACACAUUACUUUCGCUUUCUAUCAAUUUGUAUAUAUCAUCAACUUGUUUCUCAAGUGUUUUUGUAAAUACGCUUUUCACUUGGAAUAAAUUGUACAGUUCUACAUAUAAAUUAGUGUGGUGUAUUUUUAUCAUCUCAUCGUACACUUACACUAAAGUGGUGACCCCGACGUUUCAGUACACACUCUUUGCAUCAAGUUAAUAAUGGAAGGACAACAGUAACAAGUUCAACAGCAACAACCUGUCGUAUCUGCUUCAGAUGCUGCACCGCCUGCAAUAUCAUCAGUGUCUGGGCCAACGAUUGGGAAAGUCCGUCAAUCGAAUGUCCGUCCCUAUACAAGGAUACACAGAUGAUGGAUCAAGAUUUGCUUUUGUAACUUGGAACAUCACGCUCAAUGAUAAUAUUGCAGUUGUUCAUUGUAUGUCCAACGAUUCCCGUGUGGUGCCGACUAAUUCAACACUAAACCACACCAAUAUCACCUUAGCACAGAAUGGAUUUUUUUCUAUUGGUACAAAUCUGGUUGAUUAUAUAGUGACAGACAUGUAUGCAAACAUAGGAAAGUGCUUGCUUACAAUCAUCGUCACAGACAAUGAAAGCCCAACGAUAAUUUGUCCGAGAAAUUUUUCAAAUUAUUACGACCACAUAUUUGGUUUCCAUCGCCUUGUUGCUGAUCACGGGCGGCCCUACGCAACGGUCACAUGGUCUCCUCCAGAGGUUUACGACAACAGUCAAGAUUCUGUUACGUGGGAGAGCUUUCCGUAUAAAUCAGGGGAUACCUUUCCUCUUCGAGAGUUCCCGCCAUACAAUUUGAAAUUUACUGCAUCAGAUCAGUUUGGCAAUAACAGAUCUUGCUACAUAUAUUUUAUUGUAAUCGAUAUUGAACCACCGAUUAUUACGUGUCCAACCAACAUUACAAACUACUACGACACAUACUACGGAAUUAUCAGAGCUGUAAUUGAUCCGGGUUCUUCUACAAGCACAGUCACUUGGGAUUACCCUUCUCUAUCUGACAACAGCGGAAGUAAAGUAAAUGUGACGACAUCUCAUCAAUCCGGUGAACGUUUUCCGCCGAAGUUCUAUCCACCAUAUGAAGUGGAGUACAUUGCUGAAGAUGAGUCGGGAAACAGGAAUUCCUGCAAAUUUUACUUUCUCGUUACAGGCAAGUUUCCUAGUGGCUUAAUAAACUAGCGUUUUAACAAUUAACCAAACAAUUAUUAUAGUCAUCUCGUGUUUUAAAUUACAUAGUUUUUGAAAAUACCCGCCUUUGUUGUUUUGGAAAAGGCAAUAGUUCAUAGAUUUGUUAACAUUUUCGAUUGUGUCUACUACGUUAAUAUACUCUUCGGGUUGUGUAACUAAUAAAUUAAACUCUAUAAUUAUUUCUCUGUACCUGCUAUUGGAUUUCCGUAGCAUUAUUAUGGUACUGACUUUUUCACAGUAUUGGUUGAUAAGUUUUUGAGAAACUAUAUAACAUUUUUCUCUCUUUUUAAAUACCCUUUACCAGACGGCACCAUAGAUUGCUACUCAUGGGUGGAAUUUAUCAUAAUACAACACAUAUUCUCAAGCCGGUUUACACUAGGCGAAUUUAUUCGCGCAAAUCGAAAGCGUCGGCUGGCAUCGCAAAAAGUAGAAUAGUUUGAGCUUCUGAUUGCGCUGAGGGAAAAACUCCGAUAGAAUUUUGAAUGCGUAUGCUCACGAACCGCCGCUUAAGAUUCGCGCCGAAUAAAUAGGCUUAGUGUAAAACCGGAUUUAUCUCGACAACAGCCAAGCUGUUGGUUAAAGCCCCAUUUCCGGCAAAUUCACUAAAAAAAACUGUCAGAAAAAAAUGCAUAAGCAUUACUUUAAUUAUUAUAAACCAGGUCAUUUAUUGGCAUAAAUUUUCGUUUUGCGCCGGAGAAAAAUGAACAGUAGAGACUAUUUCCACUUAGAGGAUAACCGUUUUCUCGACAACUUCUUUGUUACUAGGCAAAUUGAAGGGCUGUAGAUCGCAUCGGCUGGCAUGCUCUCGCCAGUUGCUUUUUGUGUAUAAUUUAUACAGUCGAGCGUUCGAAGUAGGCUGUGUAAUUGUUUCGCGAACCUGCCGCUUUCUUCUUUAUUUUUAAUAUUUUUUUAUAUGUCCACCAAUGCCAAGAACUUUCAUGAUAAGAUAUUUUAUUUCAUCCCACAAUUAAUUGAAUAAAAGCAGGGCCUAAUUAAUCUGAUUUAGGUCAACUAAACUGUUUACCUCGCCGUCGAUACAAUCGUAAGCGAUACAUAAAGUGCGCCCUCUCUAAUGAGAUCAGCUUUUGUACCUCGCACCUCGCACACCGUGUUCGAUCGAGUGGGCUUGAGAUAAGUUUGUUUAAUUGUCAAAAUCCUGGUCAGAAUCGUGUUCAUGCUUGACAACAGAACCUAAAUCGAGGUGAGGCUAGGCCCAGUCUAACAGUGUUGUUAGUCAAAUCAGGGAACAGUGAAAUUACUGUAAUGUCACUGUUCCCUGGUCAAAUGUUUCCGGCGCCUACUGUAUUUCUUCACCAAUAGAUUAGCUAUCGGAAAAUCAAAAGUAGAAACUCAUCCGCGUUUAUUUUUAUUUAUUUGUUUAGGCUUUUUUGUGGAAUAUAAAAAAAGAAAUUAAAUUUUGGGUCUUAUUUUGCUUUUUUUUAAUGUUUAUCAAUGUCUAAAUUCAAUCUAGCAAUUUCUUAAAAAUCAUUCUAACAUAAGCCUAUAUAAAACUCAGAUUUUUCUUUAAAAAAUGAAAUUUUACCGAAAAUGAAGCUUCAAAGUAAUCCAUAUCAAUUAAAGAAUACUAGAUAUAUUCUUAUUCAGAAUCAUUGCUGGUAUAUAAGUUUUAUAAAUAGGCUUAACAAUUAUGCUAAAUCAUAUUAUAUAUUUCUUCUAGUUUUCUUUUACCAUUACUGAUAAUUAUGCUUAGACUUAGGCAUAUACGGUAUAUGUCUGCUAUUAACCUUCGAGACUGAAAGUCUAAAUACAGUUCUUAUUAAAAAAUUUAUUACGUUUUAAUUUAAGUUUAAGUUAAGUAUUGUCGUAUUAGACUUUACAAUACCAUCAAUCGUUAACUAUAUACACUAUUAUCAGUGUGAGAAUAAUAUACUAGACUUCUAACAUUUAAUACGUCAUGAAAUCAAAAUGAAAGCAUGUAAUUUAGUUUCAUAUAAAGAGCUAGGUUCUAUUGCAAAAUAAGUUUUUUUAUCACGUGGGUUUUUACACUAAUUAAUAUAUUCUGGAUUGUUUUAAAACGCCAUAUUUGUCUACAUUAUUAAAAUCUGGGCCUGAAGACUA